UUCAUAGACAACAAUUUUGACGCACGCUACUUGACAAACGUUCUUCCAGAGUAUUGACGGCCCACAGGAGCCAUCCAAUCACGCCAUCUCGGAAGUCUUUCUUGAUUGAAAUGACGCAGACUGCGGGUUGUGUUGCGGCUACGGCCGGGGUGGCGUUUACGACGAUCCUUCUGCAUCAUGCUUCAGACAUGAGCGCAGCACCAGAGGCUGCCACCAAAUUCUUUCAGCACUUCAUGGCGAAAAACCGCCCGGCCAUUGUUGCGGUUGCUGCUGUCGGAACCAUCGCCUCCUUAGUCCAGAGUGCCAAAACCCCGCAUAGCAGGGGCCUAUGGCUCCUUUCCGGUGCUUUGCUCGCAAGUUUCUUCCCCUACUCCGGUCUGGUUGUCAAACCUCAUGCUGAAGUUGUUCUCAAGGCGGCCGAGGAUGGCCAACCAGCAGACACAAAGGCGCUGAAGGCGAUUUCCAUGCAUACGCUCAUCCGCGCGGCGAUUGUUGGCACUGCAACAGGUAUCGCCGUUUACGCCUUGAGUCACAAGGGCAAGUAA